AUGCGUCUCAACAAGUUGUUCAUUGGGUCUUUGCUGGGCUUUGCUGUAAGCUCAACAGCUCGCAUCAUCGCUACAGACGAAACACCACUUAUCGGCCCUUCCUUCAUUUCCAACUUCGACCCCUCCAGCUCGAAAGCCAUCAACAAUGCCAAAAGCACAUUCCCCGGUCUCAUCGAAAAAUUGUUCAAGUCUGGCGAGCUCAAUCACACUGAUUUAGCGUUUACCGUCGACGUUUUCUCAGCCGCAACAAACGAGUCGCUCUACAGCUACUCCCAUGUCGGGCCAAUGUCGAAACGCGCACUUACCUCUGGGAAACUGGAUGAUAAUACGAUUUCUCGUAUUGGAAGCGUGACUAAACUCUUCACUGUCUAUGCGAUCAUCGCCAAGGCCGGGAUGGAGGUUUUCUCUCACCCAGUGACAAAGUAUCUUCCAGAGCUUGCGGGUAAUUCGACUGGUAAUCCACUGGACAGGAUUAGCUGGGAUGAAAUCACAGUCGGAGCUCUGGCAUCUCAUCAAGCUGGCUCUGGCGGAAUUACAGAUUUCUUCAUGGCCUACCAAGACCCCAAAGAUCCAAAGAGCUUGGAAUUUCGUGCUGAAGACUUGCUGGAAUUCUUCCGCGACAAGAGAUUACCCGUCGUUGCUCCAUACCAUAGUGCAAUUUACUCGGAUGGAGGAUUCGCGAUCCUUGGUCAAGUACUCGCACGCCUUUCAGGCCAAAGUGUCACAGACGCAUUCGAAGAAAUCCUCUGGAAGCCACUGGGCAUGAACAGCACGUCCACGCAAGUUCCGACGGGCUCCAAUCUCAACGUCAUCGAUCGUCUUCGAAUCUCGAACGAAUCAGCAUGGGGCUCAGAUGUUGAAAUUGUUGCAUCAACUGGAAGUGUCUACUCCAGCACAGCUGAUCUCCGAAGGGCAGGUCUAUCCAUCUUGAAUUCAGAGCUGAUUUCAGGCCCCACUACCUCGGAAUGGAUGAAGCCACGCAGCGCCACUGGCAGCCUAGUCGAGCUUGUCGGAGCCCCGUGGGAGAUCUCUCGUUUAGAAAUCCCGGUUAUGCCAGCGUCCAACCGAACACGUAUAUCAGACCUCUACACCAAAGCUGGCGGAAACAUCGAUUACACGGCCAUCUUCGCCCUUUCUCCCGAUCAGGGCAUUGGCUACUCCAUUCUUCUUGCCGGGGAUACUGCGACUCCCGCUCGCUGGCCACUCCGUGAUGUCGUAGGCGAGACAUUCAUUCCCGCUGCCGAGCACGCCGCAGCGGAGAAUGCGGCACGCAACCUUGCAGGGACAUUCGUCGAUGAGGAAAACACUGGUAACAACAUCACCCUGACCGUCGACCGUGGCCAUCCCGGGCUGGGCAUCAGAUCGUUCUGGCUCGAGGGCAAGAAUGCACUUUCCGGCCCACAUUACCGCAUUUAUCCAACCGGGCUCACUUCGACUUCCAGCUCCUUGUCCUCGCUGUAUCAAACGAAGGGAUCGAUUAGCAUUGCGCACCGUAUGGCGACGCCUUUCACUCCACUCAAUCCUCGUGCUGAGGUUGAAGGUGGUAAGGGUGGUUUGUUCGAUAAUUCCUUCACUUGGAUGAACCUUGACUCGAAAGGCCCUAUUGACCUGUUCGUUUUCAAUCUUGAGGACGGAAAGCUUGUUAGCGUUGAGUUUCCUCUUACGGGGACUGUGAUGAAGCGCAAGGCGUGA